GUCCAGAAAGAACUUUCUCCUGCCUGAGCCUGGAUUAAUCAUGAGAGAGCUUGUCAACAUUCCACUGGUACAUAUUCUUACUUUGGUUGCCUUCAGCGGGACUGAGAAACUUCCAAAAGCCCCUGUCAUCACCACUCCUCUUGAAACAGUGGAUGCCUUAGUUGAAGAAGUGGCUACUUUCAUGUGUGCAGUGGAAUCCUAUCCUCAGCCUGAAAUUUCCUGGACCAGAAAUAAAAUUCUCAUUAAGCUCUUUGACACCCGGUACAGCAUUCGGGAGAACGGUCAGCUCUUCACCAUCCUGAGCGUGGAAGACAGCGAUGACGGCAUUUACUGCUGCAUAGCCAACAAUGGCGUGGGAGGAGCUGCCGAGAGCUGUGGAGCUCUGCAAGUGAAGAUGAAACCUAAAAUAACUCGUCCUCCCAUAAACGUAAAAAUAAUAGAAGGAUUAAAGGCAGUUCUACCAUGUACUACAAUGGGCAAUCCGAAACCAUCAGUGUCGUGGAUCAAGGGGGACAGUGCUCUCAGGGAAAACUCCCGCACUGCGGUUCUUGAAUCCGGGAGUUUAAGGAUUCAUAAUGUGCAAAAGGAAGAUGCAGGACAUUAUCGAUGUGUGGCAAAAAACAGCCUCGGGACGGCAUAUUCCAAGUUGGCGAAGCUGGAAGUUGAGGUUUUUGCCAGAAUCCUGCGGCCUCCUGAAUCCCACAAUGUCACCUUUGGCUCCUUUGUGACCCUGCGCUGUACAGCAACAGGCAUCCCUGUCCCCACCAUCACCUGGAUUGAAAAUGGAAACGCUGUUUCUUCUGGAUCCAUUCAAGAAAGUGUGAAAGACCGAGUCAUUGACUCAAGACUGCAGCUGUUUAUCACCAAGCCAGGACUCUACACAUGCAUAGCUACUAAUAAGCAUGGAGAGAAAUUCAGUACUGCAAAGGCUGCAGCCACCAUCAGUAUAGCAGAAUGGAGUAAACCACAGAAAGAUAACAAAGGCUACUGCGCCGAGUACAGAGGGGAGGUGUGUAAUGCUGUCCUGGCAAAAGAUGCUCUUGUUUUCUUCAACAACUCCUACGCAGACCCUGAGGAGGCCCAAGAACUACUGGUCCACACUGCCUGGAUUGAACUGAAAGCAGUGAGCCCAUUCUGCCGGCCGGCUGCUGAAGCUUUACUGUGUAACCACAUCUUCCAAGAAUGUAACCCUGGGGUGGCACCUACUCCUACACCCAUUUGCAGGGAAUACUGCCUGGCAGUAAAGGAGCUCUUCUGUGCAAAAGAAUGGCUAGCGGUGGAAGAAAAGACCCACAGGGGACUCUACAGAUCUGGGAUACAUCUGCUCUCCAUGCCGGACUGCAACAAACUCCCCAGCAUGCACUGGGACCCCAUGGCCUGUACCAGACUGCCAUAUUUAGAUUAUAAAAAAGAAAACCUAACAACAUUCCCACCAAUGACGUCCUCAAAGCCGAGUGUGGACAUUCCAAACGUGCCUCCCUCUUCCCUGUCUUCCUCCUCUGUCUCACCUACAUACUCCAUGACUGUAAUAAUCUCCAUCAUGUCCAGCUUUGCCAUAUUCGUGCUUCUUACCGUAACCACUCUUUAUUGCUGCCGAAGACGAAAACAAUGGAAAAAUAAGAAAAGAGAAUCAGCGGCUGUAACCCUCACUACUCUUCCUUCUGAACUCCUGCUAGACAGACUUCAUCCCAACCCCAUGUACCAGAGGAUGCCACUUCUUUUGAAUCCCAAAUUGCUCAGCCUGGAGUAUCCCAGGAAUAACAUUGAAUAUGUGAGAGAUAUUGGAGAGGGAGCAUUUGGAAGGGUCUUUCAAGCAAGGGCUCCAGGCUUACUUCCCUAUGAACCUUUCACAAUGGUGGCAGUGAAGAUGCUCAAAGAAGAAGCCUCGGCAGAUAUGCAAGCAGACUUUCAGAGGGAGGCAGCCCUCAUGGCAGAAUUUGAUAAUCCUAACAUUGUGAAACUCUUAGGCGUGUGUGCGGUGGGGAAGCCCAUGUGCCUGCUCUUUGAAUACAUGGCCUACGGGGACCUCAAUGAGUUCCUCCGCAGCAUGUCCCCUCACCCCGGACGCAGCCUUAGUCCCAGCGACCUGACCCGCGGGGCGCAGGCCUCCAGCCCCGGCCCGCCGCCCCUUUCCUGUGCCGAGCAGCUGUGCAUCGCCAGGCAGGUGGCCGCCGGCAUGGCCUACCUCUCCGAACGCAAGUUUGUCCACCGGGAUUUGGCCACCAGGAACUGCCUUGUGGGUGAGAACAUGGUGGUGAAAAUCGCCGACUUUGGCCUCUCUAGAAACAUCUACUCAGCUGACUACUACAAAGCCAACGAAAACGACGCCAUCCCCAUCCGUUGGAUGCCCCCAGAGUCCAUCUUCUACAACCGCUAUACCACGGAGUCUGAUGUGUGGGCCUACGGGGUGCUCCUGUGGGAGAUCUUCUCCUACGGCCUGCAGCCCUACUACGGGAUGGCCCACGAGGAGGUCAUCUGCUACGUGCGGGACGGCAACAUCCUCUCCUGCCCAGAGAACUGCCCCCUGGAACUGUACAAUCUGAUGCGUCUGUGUUGGAGCGAGCUGCCUGCAGACAGGCCCAGUUUCACCAGUAUCCACCGAAUCCUGGAACGCAUGUGCGAGCGGGCAGAGGGGAGUGUGGGUGUCUGAGGUCGAAG